UUGGGCUAAACUGCCGUCCAUCUCUGCACGCUGGGCCAAGGGAAACCAAUCGCUGAGGGAUUCCUCCCAUUUGGCUGCUUUGCGGCGGCGGGUAUGAGGUGGGCGCGCGCGCGGCGGUUGCUAGGCGGGUUCCUAGUCCCGCCUACCGCGGACUCCAGGUCCGUCUGGCUGCGGCGCGGUAGCCGUCAGUGGAAGAGCGAGUCCGACCCACGGCGCAGAGACCCCCGGAGGAGCUGCGGCAGCCCCGCGGUGGCGCGGUGGGGGAAAACUGCGCGGCUGGAGCGGGACUUCGCGGGGUCACCAAGAGGUACCGUGCGCACGUCGUGGUUCUGUCUCCGGUGACUGUUCAGCCAAGGCGUGCUCAUCUGCCUUCCUCAGGACUCCCACCACUUUGGAAAAGCUUGCCUCAUUGGAAGGUGUAACUGGUGCCUGUCCUGGAUGCGCUGUCCUCAAGCACACCUUCCCCUGCAUUUGGGAACCCAGAAGGUAGUUCAGAGCAAGCGAAAGGCAUUCUGGACAGCAGGAACUCCAUUCCUUAGAGCUGGACAAGCUCAACUUAUGGUAAAGUUCACUGAAGGCAACAAUGGAACGAUUUGGAGUGAAGUCUGCUCCAUCACGUAACCGCUCGAAGACUGCUUUGUAUGUAACUCCUCAGGAUCGUGUAACUGAGUUUGGCAGCGAGCUGCAUGAAGAUGGAGGAAAACUUUUCUGUACUUCCUGCAAUGUGGUUCUGAAUCAUGUUCGCAAGUCUGCAAUCAAUGACCACCUCAAGUCUAAAACACACACAAAGCGAAAGGCAGAGUUUGAAGAACAGAAUGUCAGGAAGAAGCAAAGGACUCUGACUGCCUCCCUUCAAUGCAACAGUACUGCCCAGACAGAGAAAAACAGCGUCAUCCAGGACUUUGUGAAAAUGUGCCUGGAAGCUAAUAUUCCACUUGAGAAGGCGGAUCAUCCAUCUGUGCGAGCCUUCCUGUCCCGCUACGUCAAGAACGGUGGCUCAAUACCUAAGUCAGACCAGCUAAGGAAAGCAUACCUGCCUGAUGGGUAUGACAAUGAGAACCAACUCAUCAAUACUGAAGACGGUUGAGAAGAAAACUGUUAUCAUCAUUGUGAAGUUUUAUGUAUUGAUGGUGUGGUUUAUUUUUAUAUUCAUGCAUAUAUACAGUGUUACAUAUUGGGUUUACAGCUAUUUUGUAUUCUUGUAAAAAUGACAAUCGAUUUGUGAACUUAGUGGUAUGUCAUGGACUGUUGUUAACCCUGCUGUAGACUUCAGAGAUACGUUGUCAUAGAACUCACAAUGAAUGUAGGGAACAUACCAGGCAUACACCUUGUCUAUGUUCAGUCAAUCUGUAACUGACGCUAAGAAAAAGGCACUUCAGUAGAGGAUUUCACCUACUUAAAUGGUGCAUCUAAAUACACAAGGAAGACAACGCAAUAGGGAUUGUUAAUCUAGUCAGUGGAUAGCUUUGUCCAUUAUCCUGUCAAUGAGAAGAAGUGCUGCACAUUUGAAAUGCAAGAAUGGUUAGUUAAAAUACAACUGCUCUGUUGGGAGAGGAUUAUUACAAAUUCCUAUUCAAGUUUGGUUUACAUCCUAAAACGGGAAACCUUUUUUUUCUGUAAUACUCUUUUAUCCUGUUUGGUACAACUGUGGAUGUAUUAAUUUAUAACUUAAAUAGCCAAUACUGACCUCUGAACUCCACUGUUCUCAGGAAGGUAGGAGUUCUGCAGGUUUGUCAUGCAUGCUUUAAAGAAAAAAAAAGGUUCAUUGUCUUAGUUUAAAAUGUCCUCUUCGGUUUCAGUGCCAAUCUUUGGAAGUUGAGUAGACAAACCAGUUACUUGGGAGUGACUCGCAGUACAGCUACCGGCAAGCGGAACUUAUACUGGACCACGAUCUUAGUAGAGAGCAUGAAUGCCUUUUUCUUACUAGCAGGGCAAAGGAUGCUAAAUCUAAAUUGGGGUGAGGAAGGCACUGAAUUACAAAGUUGAAAAAGCUUUUAUAUGGUGCACAGAAGAAGAGCCUUCUCCAUCUUUCCUUGAAAGUCCUCUACA